UGUAAAAUCUUACAUGUUUAUAUUGGUGACCUCUGCCGACGAGAUGUAUGCAUUCUAAGAAUGAAGAAAAUGUUCCUCUGUGCUUUCCAAGUCAUCUUGUAUGCAACGUGUUCUUGUGCAUAUUACAAUUUAGCAUUACGGAAACCUGCCUGACAGAAGAACAAUUAUUCACAAUCCUUUACAUGGGGAGCAGACAAGGCGGUGGAUGGAAAGUAUACAGAUCGUGGAGCACUAGGUAACCAGUGUACAAUGUCGGCAGACAGACAACAGACGGCAGAAUGGAGAGUGGAUUUACAGAGUGUGGUCAGCAUUAGUUACAUCAAAAUCUUCUACAGGACGGAUAAUGUACCUAGUCCCAGUGUUUACGUGACAAGAUUUGCUGGGUUUUUUCUCUAUGUGUCGAAUACAACGUCCAAAGAAGACGGCCAUCUGUGUUUUCAUGAGAUUCAGACCCUAAUCGGUACACCUGUAGAGGACCAGAGGAUUAACUGCUCUGUAUAUGGACGUUAUGUCAUCUACUAUAACGAGCGUAAUAAUCCGAAUGUAAAUUAUCCAAGUUACUACUCCAAUUUUGCGUUCAAUGAACUAUGUGAACUGGAAGUUUACGGAUGCCCAGUUCUUGCUUAUUUCGGACCAAAUUGUAAUCGAUUGUGUCCAGAAAAAUGUCGGGAGAAACAAUGUGAUGCAGUCACGGGUAACUGUGUGAAAGGCUGUUUACCAGGGUAUCAGGGUGUACACUGUAAUUAUGGAAAUUUAGCAUUGGGUAAACAAGCUUGGCAGCAAUACCCUUAUUCAAAUACCAUCUGGGGAGCAGAUAAAGCAGUUGAUGGACUAUAUACUAAUCGAGGAGCAGGGGGAAACCAGUGUACAGUAUCGGCAGAUAGACACCAGACUGCAGAACUGAGAGUGGAUCUAGGGAGUGUCGUCAGCAUCAGUUACAUCAACAUCUUCUACAGGACGGAAAAUUCACACAGUUUUUAUUUUAAUCUUUUCUCUGGGCGAUUCGCUGGAUUUUUAGUCUACGUUUCUAAUACUACGACAAAAGGCGAUGGUAACCUUUGUUUCCAUGAAAUACAAGAAGAAAAUGGCAGACCGUCAUUGGACCAGAGGAUUGACUGCUCUGUACAUGGCCGUUACGUCAUUUACUUCAACGAGAGGAGACCGGGUAUAACGUACCCAAGUUACUACUCGUCUUAUGCCUUCAGUGGACUUUGUGAAUUAGAAGUGUACGGGUGUCUCGAUGCAGGAUUUUUCGGACAAAAUUGCGAACAGUUAUGCCCAGAAAAUUGCCAGGAACAGAGAUGCCACAUCACUACAGGAGAAUGUCUGGGCUGUGUACCUGGCUAUAAAGGUCUUCAGUGUAGUCAAGAAUGUGAUACGCAAACGUACGGACUUGAGUGCUCAGGAAGCUGUGGUUACUGCAAUAACGGAGAAACUUGUGAUCAUGUAAACGGAACAUGUCUUAAGGGUUGUAAUGAGGGGUAUAAGGGAGAUAAAUGUGAGACUACCUGUCAGCCGGGAACCUACGGAAAGAACUGUGUACAUGUCUGUAGCGUUACCUGUGGAGUGACCAGCAGAUGUGACAGAUUUACUGGGAAAUGUGAGGGAGGAUGUCAGCCCGGAUGGAAAGGAGAUAAAUGCGAUCAAAAAUGUAACAGCAGAGAGUAUGGAGUUAACUGCAGUCAGGUUUGUGGUUAUUGUCUUGAUGAUGAUCAGUGUAACCACAUCAACGGGGAAUGUUCAGGUGGAUGUUCUACAGGAUAUAAAGGACAACUCUGCAAAACUGAAUGUGACGGGGGAAUGUAUGGUAUUAACUGUACUCAGUCCUGUGGUCACUGCUUAAACAAUGAACAGUGUCAUCACAUCAACGGUAGUUGUUUACACGGGUGUUCUCCUGGAUACAAGGGGCCGGGCUGCAUAACAAAAUGUGAUAGAGGGAUGUAUGGUAUAAACUGCUCUCAAGUCUGUGGUUACUGCCUUAAUUAUGAACAGUGCCAUUAUAUCAACGGUACUUGUUUACAAGGAUGUUCUAAAGGAUACAAGGGGUCUCUCUGCAAUUCUGUUUGUGAUGGUGGUAUGUAUGGAAACAACUGCAACCAAAGUUGUGGACAUUGUAUAAAGGAUAUACCGUGUAACCACGUCAGCGGUUUAUGUUUUGAAGGGUGUUCUAUCGGAUUCAAGGGAUUGCUUUGUGACAAAGUAUGUGACAGUGGAAUGUACGGUGUUAAUUGCAAUCAAGUCUGCGGUAAUUGUCUGAACAAUGAACAAUGUCAUCAUAUCAACGGUACUUGUUUACAAGGAUGUUCUAAAGGAUACAAGGGAUCUCUAUGCAACAUUGCGUGUGAAGGUGGAAAGUAUGGUUACAACUGCAACCAAAGCUGUGGCCAUUGUUUUAACAAUACACAGUGUAACCAUCUUAAUGGAGCUUGUCCAGAGGGUUGCUCUGUAGGAUACGACGGGCCUCUUUGUACAAAUGUUUGUCGACGAUCGCACUGGGGAGUAAACUGUAAAGAGACAUGUAAAAAGGACUGUGUCAGCCAGACCUGUCAUCACGAAACGGGGCAAUGUAUAUCGUACGCGCAGGUACAGUCUUGCAACACAAGUAAGAAUGACUACACAAUAACCAUUACAAGUGUGGUUGUCUCUAUUUUAAUUGUGUUGAUGGGAAGUCUCCUAAACUAUGUCAUUUGGAGGAAAAUGCAGCAGAAAGGACCGGUUUUAGACACCCCAAAUGACAAAGACUAUUACAACGAAUUCCGAGCUGAUGAUAUAGGAGAUAAACAAAAGAGGCAAGAUAUGAAUACUUCCCCUUACGCAGAACUUAGUGAAUUUGACCACCCAAACACUUAUGAAGAAAUCCAUAAAUAUGGAAAAGCAGACGAAAAAAUGUAAAUGGCUGCGUUGAUGAUGUUAACAUUUUAAUGAAAAACUCAGAAUUAUUUGUAGCUUUGAUUACAUAAACAUUUCUUAUUGUUUAAUGUCUACACAUAUUUUCGUUUCUUAUUGAGGGGACCUGAGUCAUAUAGCAGUUUCGUAAUGCUUCAUUUUAUCCUCACAUAUCUCAAUCACAAUCAGAAUCCAAUCACAUACAUGUAACAUGUUGUGUAGAAGGGGCUACACAUUUACAUUCUAACAUUACUUAUGUUCAUGUAUUUACGUACAAUUUUGUGCUCAACAUUGAUGUCAAACUUUACGACCUGUACUCGAAAUUAUCAAAAUUUGCAUAAUCCUUCAAAUGUGUUAUGACUAAUCCUUUUAAUGUAUGUCAAAUUUACUUGAUUUUUAGAUUUUUGUACACAUCUAAACAGAAUCCCACCACAGCACGUUAUGGUGGAAGGGGGUUAUAGUAAUGCUAAUUUUCAAAUGUUUAUAUACAAUCUUAAUGGCAACCUUUACAUUGUCCACAAAUAUCAUAAUUUGCUUAAUUCUUAAAAUUGUAUUCCCUCUCAGCCUAUGCUGUGCUAGAGAUAUUUGACAUUUACAUUGUGUAUAUCUUCUUCAAUUUUGUAUUUAUAAAGAAUGAGUAAAAGGUCUUUAACACGUAUUUUAAGGUUGUAUUUUUCUCUGAUUUCUAGUACAUUAUAGAUAAAAAAUUUGGUUUAGGCAUCACAUAUUAUAAUAUGCUACACGAUAUUUUUUUCGUAAUUUUUUGUUCUUCAAAUUAGAAAUUUGAGAUGCGUUGGAAUGUCACAUAUCCUUUCACUUUUUUGAAUUAAAAUCUGAUAAAGUUUAAUAAAAAUAACUUUCUAA